GUGAGCUUCUUGCUUUGCUGAUUCUGCUACCACUACGCUCGCAAUGCAGGAAAAGAACAACUUUAGCUCUUAUACUUAUAUGGAUUUUUUGUCGUACAUAAAGAUGUGAAGCCAAGUUGUAUCUUUCAGUGUCUUCUUUCAUGUAUGUCCCGUGAUUGGGUUCCUACUUCCCGCUGUUCCCCAGCUGAGUAAGAACUGAACAAUUGAGUAAGAACUAGAAGUAAAAACUAGAGGCUGUUCUUCCUGUGUGAGAAUUGUUAUUUGAGUCAUUUGUUUCCUAAAGUUCUAAACCUAAAGAACCAGCAACUGCUAGAAUCAAGUACCACCAUCUACUACAUCUUCUACCAUCAAGCUAAGAACAAGCAACAAAAUGGCGACGUCACAGAGGGUUGUUGACGCGGACAAGUCAGAUGUCCCAUUGCAGUGCAAUGUUACUGGUUUUUCUGGGCAUCUGAGCGCUCUAAACGGCACCUACUUUGCCCCAACGGACCAGAAGAACCACGAUCGCCCGUUGUUCAAAAAUUAUGCGAAGUGAUCUGGCACUUCUACUUGUCAAUGAUUGAUAGGUGAUGUUAUCUUCAUGUGUGAGUGCUAGUAGCUUUAAUAUCUGCAUCGAGAUGUAGUUGCAAUUUCCUCAAGUUCUAGCAAAGGCAAAUACAUAACGAUGCACGACCUCCAUACCUACACAUCACUCAUAGACAGAAGAUUUUAUCCAUGUUGCCAAUCUCAAUCACUAUGAAGCCAAAAUAUGUUAUCAUUAUCAUACUUUUCUACUUAAGAAACUUGAUAAUGAUAACAGAUUUUCUUUUCAUACUCACCGACCAUUUCAUUCUCUAAUCCAAGAAAGAGAAUCAAUACCAGCAGACUGGAACCGAGAGUUCGUGUAAUAUCUAUUAUUGGGACAACCGGGAUGGUCCAGAUCUUGCAGGUUGGUGGUGCGCACCGGUUGUUGGUGGGGAACAGGUUUUAAAUACAAGAUCAGUUGUAGCUUAAUAUUGCUACACAACGAUGAAUCUGAAUCUGCAUGAUCAUCUAUCCAAACACAGCGAUGAAUCUGAAUCUGCAUGAUCAUCUAUCCAAACACAGCGAUGAAUCUGAAUCUGCAUGAUCAUCUAUCAGUAGGAGCUUAUUGCUUGAUAAAAGUGCGGUUCGUGCAGGCUAUCCUUGAGGCGUGAUGUAGUUGAUAAUGGUGACGACUUAGGUUGAACAGUCUUGAAAGAAUUUGAAAAGGGUGCUGUCCAUUAGUUACGGAGUAUUGGAAGUAGUAACGAAAGUGAGAAAUGAUUUAUGAAUUAGAAUUGAUUUACCAUUUGAUGUACGUCUGGGCUCACAAACCGCACACUAAAACUAGGUCUGGGCUCACAAUCCGCAUACGGGUGAUGUGCCUCCAUCCAGCGGAUGGCGUGUUCCCUGGCACAAGCAGGAGGCCGAUCCAAACGUCCGUAUGGAGACUGGGACACCUUCAGUUAAGGCUCAAAAUAAAUGAUCUCUGUGUGUGUUCGGGAUUGUUUCCUCUCAUGUGAAAAUUUUUUGACUAUCUCAGGUUUACAUGCUCACUUUUCCUUAUAAGUCUAUCCUUCUUAGGAUCUUCAGACGUGAGCCAAAGAUAUGAAAUGUUUUGAGCUCUAAUUCAGAACUCAGUCGUCGACGUGGCAAUGACGAUGCGAGUGGCUAUGGCGCACCGAACGCUAAGCGACAAUACCAGGAGAAUGGAGGAUAUGGAAUUAUGAAUUCUGGUUGUCCUUGUGGUUUGGUUGGAUGACGAAAUUUUUUUGAAUUUUCAAUUGGUAGCUCGACUACUUGAUGCUUCUUCGUGUCUUAACUGCGACUGCCGCACUAUACUAGAGAUAGUUAAUAUAACUAUCAUAUACAUAAGGUCCCUAGGUUGGACACAUCUCAACACAAUGUAACAACUCCUUCUCUCCUCAUCUCUGAAAGGUUCUAAUAUGAUCCAGCCGCAAGCCGAUGGGCAACAGCAAAUGAGAACUUUUGCGGAUCCAACUGCUGCGAUCAAUAUGCUAACCAAGAAUGUGAAGUUCCUCACUCCCAGUCCCAACUACCGUGGCACCUUUGACUGGAAACGACAGCUUCACUACGCAGAGGAGAGCUUGAAACAGUGUAAGCUAUGAGGCUUUGAUAAAUGGAGUACUUAGAUAAGGUAUGCGAUUUUUGAUUAAAUUGAGUAUAACUGUGACUUUGAUAAAUUGAGUACUUAGUUAGAUGAUAGUACUGUGUUAUAAUGAGGAAGAACAGCAUCGCGAUGGGUUUUCUUGAAGAAAAAACCGACACCAAGAAGACACUACACAGGCUAGGUCUCCGGUACCAUGUAAUUUACCUCGCCGGGAUCAGGACAUAUGCUUACCUCACCGGGAUCAGGACAUAAGCAUUUCUUCUUUCCCACACAAACUCCAUCUCUAAGUUAAGCCAUCAAUUUCACCAACUACGCGAAAUCGGUCGACCCAAAGCAGAUCGAGCAGUGGGAAGCGAUGAUUAAAACCAAAGAAGAAGAAAUCGAAGCAAGGAAGAAAGAAUGGUAUGAUUUUCGAGCGAGUCAUUUCCACAAGAGAGUAGUUUGUCUUUGGCGGGUUUCAUCAAUUAUGAUCGAGUAUUCAUAUGUUCUCAUAUGUGUAAGUAGAUGAAUCUAAAAUUUAAAGAGAAACCUCGACAAAUAGACUGGAAAGGCAAGAAACGCAGAUAUCAUAGGACCCUCACAAAAAACUAACAACUACAGGCAAGAGGGUGCGGCAAUCGCAUUAAAGUUCUUGGAAGAGGAGUUUGAAACUGAAGCGAACGAACUCUGGACAGCGGUUGAAGCGGAAGCAAAAGAGUUCCUCGAAAAGGCGAAAGCGCAGGCUUACAUCAUCAAAAACUCGAAGGAUUUGAAGGAAGAUGAGGUACUUACACGUCGUUCUAUGGGAGUCAAGUUUAUUUUAGAGGAGCAACGAGCUGUGAGCAGGUAAUUAUAUGAGGAAUAUUGCGGUUCCAAGGGUGCCGAAUUAUAUUGUCCUUUUUUAUAAUCUUCAUGAGGUUACAAAUCGAAAUCCUAAGGUUUGUAAUAACGAACAAAAUCCUUAUCGAUCGCAAUGAACAAAUCCUUAUCCUUCCAACUGCAGGACCUCGCUAAGUCGUUAGUUUCCGAAGCUGCGGAAUUUUUAGCCGAUGGUACCACCAAACUUCAAGCUGAAUUCCAGAAGCUCAGGGAAUUUUUGAAGAAGAAUACGGAUUUUUGUGAUGCUAAGAUGAUGGAGGCAACUGCAGAAGAGACGGUUAAGCUGGCUUCGUACAGACCAAAAGUGGACGAGCUGCGAACGAAAAUGACGGAGAAAUGGUGGCUUUUUCUACACAAAUAGAAGGAUAUCUUAGAGGCAGCACACCGAAUAGAUUCAAAUCAUCAGAAGGACAUCUGAAGAUAUCUGCUGCCGGGAGGGAGUAGCGGAAUUACACCACAUGUACAAUGUUCUAACAUGACAAAAUCAGAAUCAGAAGCUUCUUGUUUAUUUCAACAUCAGCAUCAAGAUCAACUCCACCUGACAUCAUACAUCAGGUCUUCCAUCACAGAAGGGCUGAACCAAUUUCGGAUUGCGAAGGCACAUGGAAACUCGGUUCUUGCUGCUUUAGCCGUGAAAGAGGAGGCUAAGAAGGAAGCAGUUUUGAAGGAAAAGCGAGACGUUCUAUUGCGAACCGCUGACACUAAGAUUCUGGAAGCCUUGUUCUACCUCGAAGAUACAUUUACGGCAUUGCAACAGCCACCUCCUGGUUCUCCGCCUAAAGAUGCGGAUCCGGACGAAAUGGUAGAUGCAAAAGAUCAUGUGAUUCGAUUUUUCUCUGAAAUAAUUACACGAUGGAUGUGAAUUCGUUGAUCCGCUAGAUCGAAGAAGUCCUUAUCUCUUCAUUCAUCUCUCUUUUGCCUUGUUCAAGAUGUUAACUGCGCCCCACACAGGACCCGACUUCCCCCGCUGGGCGGCGACGAGAAGCUUUGCUGCAAGAAGCAGAGAUGCAGAAGGAGGCAGCUUAUAGGAAAUUAGCGGAGCAAGCUAAUGGUCUAAUAGCCCACAUUCGCGGAUCCGAAUGCAUGAAGCACCCAUGUCUUGCCGUACCAACACCAAGGGACCCUGAGUUGUCGAAGUUUAUGAAGAUGUUGCUGUUUCGUGGUUGUGAAACGAGGGAUUUAAAAUCUAGAUUGUUUUUAGUUGAACAAAAAACAAAUCAGAUUCAGAAUUACCAAUUCCAUCCUGUCCCAAUUUCACGCCUACCUCCCUCUACCAAAAAAUUUACCCUCUAUACUAAUUGCAAUUCCACCACAUCCGCUUUACACCAGUCCCUUCCUCUAACCCCCUACGUGUCCGUCUACAAUCUGCUUAUAUUGCCAGAGUUGCCCGUCUUUUAGAUGGUAUUUCUACGUGGAACCGGGAACGCGCUUUGUAUGUUGCCGAAGAAAAAUUUGAAUUGGAUGUGGCGAUUGCUAGUGCCGUCCAAAGCUACAUGGAGGGAAACAAUUUGACCGAAGCCCAGUUUUUCGAUAAGAUGGCAGGAAAUAGUCCGGAAGAAGGGAAGGGGAGCCGGUAUAGCUAGGGUUGAUAGUCGAGGAUGUCUUGGAGUUGAAUGUGAGUCUUGGAGUACUAGAGUCAAUUGAUCUUGCGUUGCAACUUCUGAAAUGCAACUUCUAAAGACGCAUGAUGACGAUGAUACAAUCAUCUCAUCAACGUGAAUCUCCCAUUUCCAUAAAAUUCAACUACCACAUCAGCACCGGUCUUCUCCCCGAGGAGAUCGUCCAAUUCCUUGACGCUGAGGGUAUUGUGACCAAGGAUCUUGCUGAACGAGUCCCGGUUUUACUGCAGAAGUGCUUGGAGGUGCGAACGCAGAGCAUUGAGAAGCCAGCUUUGCCUUCGACAGACUCUGAAGCCGAACCUGUUGAACUUGCGUCGGCGAAGCAGAGCAAAUUUGCACAAGAGAAUGAGGGAUUGAUCUUAUGCGACGACUUCUUCUUGUAUGUCGGCAAAGCGGUUUUGCUGUGUGUGAAGGAGGUACUUCUUCUAUAUUAUGAAUACUAAUAUCUUCUUGAAUGCAGCUACAGCUUCUCAAAGUUUCAGGUAGAACUAGAAGUUGACACAACGAUGAAUCUGCAUCUGCAUGAUCAUCUAUCCAAACACGUGGUCCAGGUCGUCCUCACCCAGUCGUCCAGCAACUGCAAUUUAACGGUCCCCGCAGACGUGGUCGACAAAGAGGAAUACAUCGGGAAAAUUCCUAAAGACGAGUUUUUGUCUGCGAUCGAAGCGCCAGUACGUAUUGGCAAGGUGCGCCGCGUCAAGGUUCGUCGCGACAGAGAUGGCGUUGAGGGGUAUGUCACUAUGCGACACCAAGCGACUGUGGACUUGCAUCCUCCGGGUGGGAGUUUAAGAAACUGAUUAUAAUUUACACGUGGGCCUAGAUCAUACGAAUACGAAUAAUAUGAUAAACUACCCAAAUUUUGUUUUUCUUCACUGUAGAAAGAGCUCCCUGCAAGUAUUUCUUUUUGUUAUGUACAUCGCUAAUCCCCUCCGCUGCCAUGAAAGCACCUGAACUUUUCGUUUGCAAUUUCGAUGCCCAUUUCGUCGUGAUGGAAGAAUCGCCUCUCUUUGAUGAGAACGGCAGUCAGUUGGGACGCUCGUUGCGACGACAUGAGAAGGUUGUUGUCUUAUCGUUGCAAGAAGAGUCGAACAAGCAGAAAGUGAUGAGUUUGUUAGACGGGACUGUUGCCUUUAUUACUCCGAAGACACCAGCUGGGAUCUCCGUUUUGGCCUCUCCAGGAGCCGCAGGAGGCCACGCGAGGGAUCUAGUGUUAAGGCUCAACUUUCAGAUUGGAAUCACCAUUUAGAUUGGAGUCACUGAGAUCGAAGAGGAGGCCCCUUGAGAGAAUUCCCACAGGGGAAAAUGAAGGGAAAGGGGAGAUGAGCCUUGGAGGGGGUCUCUACUUCCGUUCAGAAGAGUCGGUGACCAAUCCAAUGAAGGAUGCUGACCUUUAAUAGUGGGUCCUUUGGGCAGCAGCAUGAGUGAUAUCGAAGCCGAUACGAACUUGUUGCAAGACGCCGACAUGCAUGCCAAUAUCGCGGAUAUGUGCAAGAAUCUAGUCUUCGAUCUGAAUCAAGUCGUGACGAAGGCCUGUGCGCCAGUUGCCAAGCAGAUCGAGGCCGUGUGCGCGGAAUUGGAGACGUUGGACAAGAAGGUGCAGAAACAAGCGAACGAGUCAGUAGUAAAGCGAUUGGAGACGGCGCCGGAGUCCACUACUGUGCGAACACUGGGUGCGGAAAUUGAGAAAAAGCUGACGGAUAUGCUAGUGGAAUUGCGAUCUCACAGACCUAAAUUUCACAAAUACGAAGCGGAUUUGCAUUUAGUGUGGACACCGGAAGCGGCGAAGGCGGCUCAGGCUAACGGCGAAGUUUCGCCGACGCAUAGUCCGAGUUUGUCAGCAAAUGGCAAGCAUAAAGCGUCAAUGCUGGAGAAGCUAAGACCGCGCUUUGAAAAGCUCUUGAACACUUACAAGGAGGCUGAAAAAAGUUUGCUCGAUAAGAGAAGCGAAUGUGCAACCACUGUGCAGAGAUUAGCAGCAUUGCACUCAUCUCUGACAAGCAGAAAAACUGCGGAAGAACAUCAGGUACGUCUUAAGGAUUCUUUUAGUAUCGGAUUUGAGAACUAGUCAUUGAACAAGUUUUAUCAGGAACCUUAACUCGGUAGUUUUUUUGCGAUGGAUAAGUAUAUCAACGGUACUCAAAUAUGAUUUUCACACAGGCCAUCGUCGCUCACUGGCGCACGGAGACAUCGAAGCACGGAGAUGUUUUGCUCGCAGCCGACAAGGCUGUGCGCGUAGCUAUCCAACAACGCAUUUCGAAAACGACACCCUAUAAGGAGGCUCUCUCUGCGAUUGAAGCCGCCGAGGAGACAUCCAAUGCCCUUUCUCAAGUCAUUACCGACGUCACGGCCUGGCUCGACGCCCAUCAGCCAGUGGUGCCUCCAGCGCCAAAAGAAGAAACAGCUCCGAUGGAUGUGGAAGAAGGUGAAGAGGAUGAUGCUGAGAAAGAACCGGCAACGAAGAAAAUGAAUUAUGAUUUCGUUGGAGAUAUCAAGAUAAGAGAUAGACUUUAUUGCUGGUAGAGCACUAGUAGAGGUACUUAUAGUUACGAUAAAUCCACUGGUAGACCACUAGUAGAGGUACUUAUAGUUACGAUAAAUCCACUGGUAGACCACUAGUAGAGGUACUUAUAGUUACGAUAAAUCCACUGGUAGACCACUAGUAGAGGUACUUAUAGUUACGAUAAAUCCACUGGUAGACCACUUCUAGUAGAGGUACUUAUAGUUACGAUUUUUUUUAGAUGGAUCUUGUGGUAGAGGAGGUGAUAGGAACAUGAUUAUGUCAUAAGUGCUUGAUGAUAUACUUUUGGACACUUCUUGUAAAAUUCUGAACACAUUAUAUUAAUUGAAACUUCUCCUUCUAAGCGGAAAAAUCCAGUGCCAAAAAAGCCGAUAUUAAAGAAGACAAAGGCGAAGACGCCAAGCGUGCUCCCUAUGGUCUCGCAGAAGUAGUAGCUCUCUUCACGAACCUUCGAAUCCGGUGCACUGAAGCGACCACCUUCGUUGCCACUCGUGUGGCUUCUUUCUUGCGCUCACAGAAAAGCGACCUUCCGAAAAAAGCGCACUUCGAAAUCUCAAGGGCAAUCACUUCGAAAUGGAAAAAGGACCAUGACAAGCAUCGAGGCGAACUCUUCGAAAAAUGCGUAAAGGCGGAGAGCAAUAAGGGGUUGGCUUAUGGCAAGACUUUCUCUUACUUUGUAGAAAGUUAUUUCGUUUCGCUGCAUCAGAAUUAUUUCAUCAAAGGCUGGCCGAGGUGAAGAGCGAGUGGAGUUAUAUGAAGUACGAAGAGAUACCGAAAACAAGAAAGGAAAAAUCAGCACCAUGAUUCGGUCUAAAGUCUGGAGGCAUUAUUCUCAUGAUCCACAUUGGUCUUUGAUUCAAAAGUAAAACUCGUUUCGUCCUCGUCCUCUCUAACAAUAAAAAGAAAAGUUAGCUUCUCCAGCAGCAAUUCAGCAGGUCCUCAAGAAAGAGUUGAAGUUGCCUCUCGAAACCGAGACCGUAGAGACGCUUUGCCGCCAGUUCUGCACCGUCUAUCACGGCGAAGAAGAGGAAGCACAUGCUAAAGAAGGGGCCUUAUCGAAAGACGAUUUCGUGAAGUGGUUUUCCAAGGUCUAUUUCAGAGUAGUUCAACCAGUUUUGUUGACAGAAAACUUGUCAUUAGCAGGCGACAAAGUUGCUAAGAUCCGCGAGUUGAAAGCUGGAGAAAUGCUGACUUUGCGUGGCGGGGAUGUGGAGGAAACGGAACUCAAGGGUGGACCAGUCGACUCAAAUAACACUUCUUCUACUACUAAGACACUGAAUCGUGUCUACGUCGAAACUUCGGCUGGAGAAGUCGGCUACUGUUCGAUUCAGGGAAGCAGUGGACAGAGGGCCUUCUUUUAUGCGUAGUCGAGAUCAUGAUCUCAAGUGGACUAUUCUGAGUGGAUAAUUCCCCCUAUUCGUUCCAAGUGCUCUUUAACCAGCGGGAAGAACAAGGGGAAUCCAUGAUCCACUCAGCCAGGACUGAUGAUGUGAUUGCCUACAACUACCUGCUCUAAUUCUUGUCCUACGUUGCGAGUCGUGGAUUCUUCUUGAAGAAUUCAACAGCCUAUCCCGAUGGAACCGAGCUGGCAUUCGGAGAGAUAGUCCAACUUGUGUCGGUUCCGUCAUUGGAGGAUGGUCUCGCGGAUGUUGUAGUUCUGCGAAGGGAAUACGCGGAGAGGAAGUUAAGAAAUGUCGAAAAGGGGUCUCCAUGAGGACAAGGAGGACAUUUUUAGAUCCUUUUUCUAUCUUGUGCAGCACUCCACACCUAGUUUAGUCAUCUUGGCUAGAGUCAAAAGCUUAAGUUCGUCGUGAUUUUGAUUGAGUUCAUGCAUCUUCGAUUUUAGAUCCUUACAUCAUUGUCUACCUUCUCUAAAAAUAGCCGGCAGAAUCGUGGUGAUAGUGCCAGCAGCUAUGAGCAUUGUAGUGGAGAGCAAUUUGGCCAAAUUCGUCUCACCUGCACCGAAAGCAGUGGAGGAGCCUCCGAAGCCCGUUGAAGAAGCAGCUCCUGCAGAGGCAAACGGCGAUGUGGAGAUGAAAAACGAAGAAGGUGGAGAUGGUACUAUUGCUGAGGAGCAGUCAUCGAAGAAAGCAUCGGAAAAGAAACACUCGGAGAAGAAGAAGUCAGCUAGUCCGAAAAGGGCGGCGGCGGAAUAGCACUUGGUAUCUGUAACAAAGGCUGGUUUUAUUUCAUUUUCAUCCUUCUUCCUUACUAUAGUUUAGCAAUGACUAUUAUGAGUUCUACAGGAGUUUGGAUGAAGUCGGAUUGCUCGUUGCCUUGGAUGUCCUCCAGCCUCGUAAAUGGGGUUUUUGCCGAGCAAACAGUAUGUGAAAAAAGUCUUCUCCGCGUUUGUUCACUCUGUUUAUGUUUCACUGAAAGACAGGAUCAAGGUAAAUUCAGCAAGAUAAGCACAAGGAAGUCGGAGGUUCUUAUUAGCCGUUUUCUUCGGUAGUCGUUCACAGCGCUGACCGAUGACCGAAGUGCUCGUAAAUAGCGUGCCUCGUUGGUUGUUCCUUCCCGAAAAACGUGCGUUAUUGUCAACAUCAGAAUACCCCAGACCACACCGAAUCCGUAGAUCUGGUAUCAUGAAACACAGUACUUACACAUCAUGUUAGGAGCUACCCCUGUAUUUAUCAUAAGAAAUAUCUUUGCCCCAUCAUAAGAAAUAUCUUCCAUACAACUGUUCAAAUACGAGGAAGAUACACGCGGCAUAGAUGUUGAACUACUGCGCCUGUGAGGAAUUUUAGGAAGAACAAUCGUAGACCCGCGGAUGUUGACUGUUGCUAUAAAGAUACACAUCACGACGACACAUAAUACGCACAAGCCACAAAAAGAUUACUCAAAUGAGUUCCAGUCCAACGUGUCCAUUCUCGUAAAAAAACAGAUGAUCCAUUUCUUAAGAAAAGGCAAGUCCUGCAAGUUCGAAAACAAGUCAAAAAAUACAAAUUCAAAUACACUGUGAUGAAACAAGAAUGCGAAUCCUGAUUCCAAAUCCAAAAUGUUAGUUUGUUGAUCCUCCACAGUCGUGUUCCAACGAACUGCAAAGAAGUUCCUACAAAGUAAGUCUACGGUGUCAGUAAAAAAAGUCCAAAUUUGCAUGUUUCCGCAUUCUUCUUGUCCGAAGAAUUGAAAUCAUGAGAUGAUGAAGCUUUUAUUUCUCUCAUCACAAGAACUACUCCAUCUCAACUUCUCUCCAUCCAACUCAUAGGGUCUUGAUGCCAG